GCGAUAAAUCGGUCUCUAUAUAAACUAGGGUUCUCCGAGAAAAAACCCUAGUUGGUGACUCCUCCCUGCAACUUCUCUUUCCGAUCCAAUGGGGGCGUACAAGUACGUGUCGGAGCUAUGGAGGAAGAAGCAAUCCGAUGUGAUGAGGUUCUUACAGAGGGUGAGAUGCUGGGAGUAUCGCCAACAUCCAUCCAUUGUUCGCGUCACCCAUCCCACUCGCCCCGAUAAGGCUCGUCGGCUCGGUUACAAGGCCAAGCAGGGUUACGUGGUUUACAGAGUCCGUGUUAGACGUGGUGGCAGGAAGAGGCCUGUUCCCAAGGGUAUCGUGUAUGGAAAGCCAACAAACCAGGGUGUUACCCAGUUGAAGUUCCAGCGUAGCAAGAGAUCAGUUGCUGAAGAACGAGCCGGAAGAAAGUUGGGUGGUCUGCGGGUCCUCAACUCAUACUGGAUCAACGAGGAUUCAACUUACAAGUACUAUGAGGUGAUCUUGGUCGAUGUUGCACAUAAUGCUGUUCGCAAUGACCCGAGAAUCAACUGGAUCUGCAAUCCAGUCCACAAGCAUAGGGAGCUCAGGGGGCUUACAUCCGCUGGCAAGAAAUACAGGGGACUGCGUGGAAAGGGACACUUGCACCACAAGGCCAGGCCUUCUCGCAGGGCUACCUGGAAGAGGAACAACACUCUCUCCCUUCGUCGUUACCGUUGAUUUGGGUGAUGUUUCUCCCUGUUUUGGUAUCAUUAUUAUCUGCAUUCUGUUUGGAGAAUUUAGUGCAAGAUACUACUACCCUCUAGAGUUUUUUGAACUUCAUAUUUUACCUUGAGAAUUGUCAGGAUUUUCUAAACCUCAUAUUUUACCUUGAGAAUUGUCAGGAUUUUCUAAACCGAGUGAUAAUUUUUGUUUAUUUGCAGUC